CUCAUCAGUUUGUUGUUCUGACUUUGUGAGACAAGAAACUCUUCGCAUCAGGCUCCAGUGCUGUCUUUUGAACUUUGAAGAUUCGAACAAGACUUGGCUUCAACCGUCACACCUGGAGACAAGAUGAUCUUUACCCUGCUGAUCCUCCUCCAUGUCUGCAUCCUGACUGUGGACUCUAUGGUGAUCUCUCCACUCUCUGAAGGGUCCGGCAUCCAAAAGCGAGAUGUCUACACUUUAGACAUGGCCCCUAACACUGUAGAUGACAUGUACAACGGCUGCACCGAAGACAUGCAUAAAGUAGUAAAUAAUUAUUUAAAAGAAGAAUUAAACAGAAAAAAAUUCAAAAACAUCUGGAACGGGGAUGAGUGUAACACCUGGGCCACAGAAAAGUUGAAGAAUGACAAGGGUCUCACAUUAGAUCAUUUCAAGGCUUUAUUUGUUUACACAUCAAAAAAAGCUGAUAAUAAUCAUUUUUUUUAUGAUUUCAUGAAGGAAGUAAGAGCGAAGGGGCCAGAAUACCCAAGUGGCUUUAGUUACAACGCUUUGCACUUCUUUUUGUCUGAUGCGAUCCGUAUCCUCAAAGAGAAACAACCAGGCUGCGUCAUCACAUACCGAAGAACAAAGGACACUUAUAACGUUAAAGUUAAUGAUGAAAUUCGUUUUGGAUUCUUCGCUUCCAGUUCUCUCGAUAGGGGUCUGGCUAAAUAUGGAGCGCAGGACUGCUUUCAGAUCAACACAUGCUACGGCGCUAACCUCAAGAGUAAUGAAGUUUAUGAUCAGGGAGAGGUGUUGAUUCCACCUUAUGAGGUGUUCAAGGUAACUGCAGUUGAACUUGAAAAUAAAAACGUUUUAAAGUGUGAAAAAAUGUACAUACUGGAAAAAACAUCGAAACCUGUAAGCAAUUUUAACUGUAAAGCAGUUAUCAAGCAGUAAAGCUAUACGCAAAGCAAACUUUUUUCUUCUCUCAUUAGUGAAAAUAAAGACGCAUUAUUUGAUGAUGUACAAUGGCAGCACCACUAGCUUAACAUUCUUUAGAAAGUAUCCGAAUAGUUAGAUAAAUAAAAGGUUGUUUAAGUAGUAAAACAUACAGCUGACUGAAGUGCUGAAAGUCCAAAUCUGUAAGUCUGAAAAAGUGUAUGCCAUUUGCUUUUAAUCUUUUGCCAAUAACUAAUUCUUUACCUUAGCCAAGUCGUU